GCAGCCAGCCAGCCAGCCAGCCAGCCAGUCAGCCUGCGCUGGAGAAAACAAGCGAGGACGGGUCGCAGCCCCGCAUGAACGGUCCAUGUUGUUCGGGAGGAGGGAGAAGACCGCGUGAAGGCCCGGGGCAUGUGGAUGUAGAGGCCGGGCUCGUGCUCCUGCGGCUCCCGCGGCUCCGGCUCUGCUCGUGCUCGUGGCGCGCUGCGCUGCGCGUGUCGCGGUUCGCCCGUUCUCUCUGGAGUCAACACUAAGGGGGACUCCAUGAAAGAUGACAGAGGAGGUGAUUGUUGUAGCCAAGUGGGACUACACGGCCCAGCAGGACCAGGAACUUGACAUCCGGAAAAAUGAGCGUCUCUUCCUCCUGGACGACUCCAAGACGUGGUGGCGCGUCCGCAACGCCGCCAACCAGACGGGCUACGUGCCCUCCAACUACGUGGAGCGCAAGAACAGCCUGAAGAAAGGCUCGCUGGUCAAGAACAUCAAGGACACGCUGGGUUUGGGAAAAACCAAGAGGAAGACGAGCGCCCGGGACGCGUCGCCCACGCCCAGCUCGGACACGGAGUACCCCUCCAACGGCGGCGGGGGCAUGGGGGGCGUGGGCGGCGCCGCCGAGAGGAUCUACGACCUCAACAUCCCCGCCGUGGUGAAGUUCGCCUACACGGCGGAGCGGGACGACGAGCUGACCCUGCUGAAGGGGUCGAGGGUCACGGUGAUGGAGAAGUGCAGCGACGGCUGGUGGCGCGGCAGCCAGGCGGGCCGCGUCGGCUGGUUCCCCUCCAACUACGUGCAGGAGGAGGUCGGGGGGGCGGAGGACCGGGACGGGGACGUCUCGCGCGGCUUCCAGGGGGGGGCGCCGCUGGCCAACGGCCGCGGCGCCGCGCUCCACCUGGUCCAGACGCUCUACCCCUUCAGCUCGGUGACGGAGGAGGAGCUGAACUUCGAGAAGGGGGAGGUGAUGGAGGUGGUGGAGAAGCCGGAGAACGACCCCGAGUGGUGGCGGUGUCAGAACUCCCGCGGCGCCGUGGGCCUGGUCCCCAAGAACUACGUGAUGGUGCUGGACGAGCGGCCCGGCCCGCCCUCCGGCUCGCCGCAGGCCCGCCUGGCGGCGCCGGCGCGCUCGGGCCGGUUCGCCGGGAGGGACUGGUACUACGGCAACAUCCCCCGGCACCAGGCGGAGUGCAUCCUGAACGAGCGCGGCGAGGAGGGCGACUUCCUCAUACGGGACAGCGAGUCAUCGCCCAGCGACUUCUCGGUGUCUCUGAAGGCGGUGGGGAAGAACAAGCACUUUAAGGUGCAGCUGUCGGACGGGGCGUACUGCAUCGGCCAGCGCCGCUUCGCCUCCAUGGACGAGCUGGUGGAGCACUACAAGAAGGCGCCCAUCUUCACCAGCGAGCACGGCGAGAAGCUCUACCUGGUCAAGGCGCUGCUGUGACUCCCGGGGCCCGGCUCCGACACUGGAUCUCACACACACACACACACGAACACACACACACACACACACACACACACACACACGGCGCCCGAGGCCUUGCUGGGGGCGGAGCUCUCCCCCUGAUGUCCAGCUUCAUGUCCAUUAACGAACACACACAUCGCCAGUCUCGCCAUUGCUCUUAACCCUCACCGGAGACGCCCGGCGGUCCACAGGACCCCCGGCGGUCCCCGGGCACCCAUCCUUCUGCUUCGUCGGUUUGUUCUAGAGACAGACGCUCGUUCCUUCCUUGAUUUUUGAUGAUUUAGAGUCCUCUCCGGAGGUUGGAACCGUUGCUUCAUCCACUGACUUCACUAAGUGACCAGAAUCACUCUCUUGCCUUGUUCUUCUCAUCGCCACCGUUCCUCCACAUGACUCUCCUCCCUGUUCGAUCGUGUUUCCCGUCUCUCCCCUGGGUGGACUGCCGCCGUGGGGAGGCGGCGUCGCUGCAGCAGGGGAGACCCGGGACUUCCUGUCGAGUCUGAAUGUGUUUCUGUGUAACCGAAUGUGUAACCGACUGGGCGCCGUCGUCGUCUGCUCAUGCAGCAUCUCCACGGUUUGUUUCUCUGAAUGACGCCUAAAACGACUGGAGACUCCAGGAGGGAUUAAAAGUCGUUAAUCCUAGUUUUCUCACAUUAAGUGUGAGUUCAGCCCAUUUAUUGACGAAACCCCCCCCCAAACAGCAGAGCAGGGAGCCACUGUCGGUCAGGCCUGGCUGUUCAUAGAUAGUGUGAAAAAAACAAUUCAGAGAAAGUUUCUCUUCUUGGAAAUGAUGAAAACACUAAUUCCAGAUCCGUGGUGAGCUGACCGCCUGCUGCAGGAGGAGAGGAGAGGAGAGGAGAGGAGAGGAGAGGAGAGGAGAGG